GGGGCCGGGCGGGCGGAACUCGCGGGGCGGGGAGCUCGUUUGACCCCGGAACCCCGCCAAAGACGGCCCACGCGAUGGGACGCGAUGGCCACGGCGGGAGACGCAGACGGAGACGCUGGCCUCAGCGGAGCGGCUGCUCGCUGCUGGUGGGACGCAUGGCUCCAGCAGUGCCUGCAGCUAGAUGGCUCAUGUCUUCGUGUACGGCACCCUGAAACGAGGACAACCCAACCACAAAGUGAUGCUGGACCAGUCACAUGGCUCAGCAGCCUUCCAAGGCCGGGGCUGCACACUUGAGUCCUUCCCAUUGGUGAUCGCCGGUGAGCACAACAUACCAUGGCUGUUACACCUGCCGGGCAAGGGCCACUGUGUGGCAGGUGAGAUCUACAAGGUGGAUGAACAGAUGCUGAGCUUCCUGGAUGACUUCGAAGGCUGCCCCAGCAUGUACCAGCGCACGGCCCUGCAGGUGCAGGUGCUUGAGUGGGAGGGUGCCGAUGACCCUGGGGACAGGCUCCAGUGCUUUGUGUACAGUACAACCACCUAUGCACCUGAGUGGCUGCAUCUCCCCUACCAUAAAAGCUAUGAUUCCGAGGGCCCGCACGGGCUGCGCUACAACCCCCGGGAAAGCAGGUGAGGGGCCCAGUGGCUGGCUGGCUCAACAUCUGUCUAUAAAACAUAUUGACAAAAGGUCUUUGACACAAAUUUUGCAAAUGCUCUAAUCCGAUGUUACUAUUGCUUGCUAUUCAAGGGAGCUUUUGGGCUUGCAGCUAGCUACUAGAUGAGAGACACUCUGGGCUGAAGUCCCCUAAAUGUCAGUUACAGGACACCUGGUACUCUUUUGCUUUGCUCCAAAGAUGGCAUAUCUCCUGUGACUAAAGACCCAGCUGCAGUUGAAUCUCAGAAACUGAAUGUAUUGAUUCCCACAUACGAAAUCUAGAAGGAAGUGGUGGGAAAUGCUGGUUUGGGAUGGCUCCGUGGAAGAAUACCCUGAAGAAAAGCACCUAGACUAUGUACUCCAUCACCCCUUAUACUUUCCAGAUCACACACAAACUAUUAAAACAGCCAUUAAAAUAGAAGCAUGUUGUUUGGCCCUUUUUAUGUACUUACUUGAUAGAAGGUGUUUUUCAGUCUGAUUCAGUGAAGUCAGGAGUAGUGACUUGCUGGGAGACAGCUGAGCCCUCAGACUUUAUAUUGUUGAUGGGUGCCUAGCUCUCGGCAGCCUUGCCCAUCUCUGCCACCUGAAGGUGCAGCCUUUGGGGGUAGGCCUUUCAGAAGAACCAACACAUUAGUAAUUUGUUCCUCAGGCCCUGACAGAAGGCUUUGCUCCCAAAUACAAACAACACUUAAUGUUAGGAAGCUGCGAAGUACCAAUUACCUCCACCUCCAUCUGAUAAUCUGUCAGCACAUGAUUCUGCUG